UGAUCUGGAUUUUGGGCCAUUUAACGCCCGAACACUUACAAACGAAGUGAACACUGUAGUCUGUAAAUGAGCUGGUAUCUCGGGUUGUUGAACCGGCCCGAACCAUCGAGCUGAAGAAUGGAGAGAAAAAUGAAUAGAAAGGAAAGAGCGAAGCAAGAGCGAGAAAACAGACGCCACAACAUCUCUCUUCUCCGCACCAUCCCCUACCCCGAUCACCAAAAGUGGUGGUCUUCAGAAACUGUAGCUUUGGUAACUGGGGCAAACAGAGGAAUUGGAUUUGAGAUUGCUCGCCAACUUUUGUUGCAAGGGGUGACAGUUAUUUUGACAUCAAGGGGGACUGAGGUUGGUGAAGCAGCAGCAAAGGUCUUAUGGGAAACAGGAUUGAAAGUGGUUUUUCGUCAAUUGGAUGUUACAAGUACUUCAUCUGUUCAAACAUGUGCUGAUUGGGUACAACAAAAUUAUGGUGGUCUGGACAUUCUGAUUAAUAAUGCAGGUGUUAAUUUCAACGCUUCGUCAGAAAAUUCUGUGGAAUUUGCUGAACAGGUUAUUGCAACAAAUUAUAUUGGAACCAAAAACAUGAUCAAAGCCCUGACCCCAUUGAUGAGGCCUUCUGCUGCAGGUGCACGUAUUGUUAAUGUGAGCUCAAGAUUGGGGCGACUCAACGGCAGGCGAAAUAGAAUAGGAGAUGUCAGUUUAAGAGAACCACUAGAAUGUGUCGACUCCUUAACAGAAGAAGUAAUUGAUAGGACCGUGGAUGCCUUUCUUGAACAAGUAAAAGAUGGCAGUUGGGCAACUGGUGGAUGGCCUCAAACCUUUACCGACUAUUCAAUAUCAAAGCUUGCUGUCAAUGCUUAUACCAGGCUGAUGGCUGAGAAACUUUCCGAUAGGCCAGAAGGUAAAAAGAUUUACAUUAAUUGCUGUUGUCCAGGUUGGGUGAAGACCGCCAUGACUGGGUGGGAAGGAAACAUUUCUGCAGAGGAAGGAGCGGACACUGCAGUCUGGCUUGCCUUUCUUCCAGACCAGUCUGUGUCUGGUAAAUUUUUUGCCGAAAGAAGAGAAAUUAAUUUCUAAUUCCAACUUAUUGUUAAAUGAUGAUACGAUAAGCAGGUUCUUGUUAUAUCCUUUUUUAUUGAGAAACGCAGCAUGUCGAUUCAUCUUUGCACAAUAGUACCAUCUCAUCUUUUGCCAUCCUACGCAACCCAAGUUAAACUGGUAAAAGAAAUGAUUAUAAUUAAACUCCUUACUUUGUAAACCAUUACCCUUUGUAAACUUUUUUUCCAGAUGUAUUAACAUUUUAGCAAUUAAAAAUGCUUAUUAUAAUUUUUGUUACUUAA